AUGUCGGAUGAAUUUUCCUUGGACGAUGCCCUACCUGAACACUCUCCUGCCAAAACCUCUGGGGUUAGCAAUACAAAGCCUGGUCAACCUCCCCAAGGCUGGCUGGGGUCCAACCCUUGGACUAACCCAAGUGCUCCACCUUCUGUGCCAUCUGGACUCCCACCAAGUGCAACACCGUCCACUGUGCCUUUCGGACCUGCACCAGCAGGAAUGUACCCCACUGUGCCUCCCACUGGACCGCCUCCAGGACCCCCAGCACCCUUUCCUCCUUCUGGACCAUCAUGCCCCCCACCUGGUGGUCCUUAUCCAGCCCCAACUGUGCCAGGCCCUGGCCCCACAGGGCCAUAUCCUGCACCAAAUAUGCCCUUUCCUGAGCUACCUAGACCAUAUGGUGCACCUACAGAUCCAGCUGCCGCUGGCCCCUUAGGUCCAUGGGGAUCCGUGUCUUCUGGACCAUGGGCACCAGGAAUGGGAGGGCAAUAUCCUGCCCCCAAGAUGCCAUAUCCAUCUCCAGGGCCAUAUUCUGCUCCUCCUCCUCCCCAAGCUCCAGGGGCUGCACCCCCAGUUCCAUGGGGCACUGUUCCACCAGGUGCCUGGGGACCACCAGCACCCUACCCUGCCCCUGCAGGAUCAUAUCCCACACCAGGACUCUAUCCCACUCCUAAUAAUCCUUCUCAAGUGCCUUCAGGACCAUCUGGUGCUCCACCAAUGCCUGGUGGCCCCCAUUCUUACCAUUGAGGUAACAAUGGACGAAGAGAUGGCGCUUGCUCUUUGAAGUACAUAUGUAUGCAUGUGUGACUGCAUAGAUAAAAAUUACUGGUUUCACUAUUGGAGGGCAUUCAUGAAAGAACAACUCUCGCACCUCUCCGAAGAUACCUGCCUCUUGUACUUGGGUGUACAGUUGAAACAAUCAGAUAAAAACAUAAAUAAUUCUAAUGAGAUUUUAUUUGGUUUUCAUGGAAAGUUAAAAUGAUGAAGUAUAUUGAAUAGCUCUUUGAUAAAAUUUAAAACACAAAAAUACACACUUAAAAAUCUAAAAUGAUGUGGGUUAUUGUUAGAAUCUUCAACUUC